GCUUAAGGAAGAUAUAUCAUGGAGGGAAGCUGUAAGCAAUGGCAGGACCAGCUAGCGGCGCUUGCGUUCGCGUUUCUCCUCCUUGCGCCUGCGUUGGUGCAGUGCGCGGCGGCCGAGGCCGACGGCGAGAAGGACGGGUUGGCGUCGCCGAGGAAGACGGUGCCGCCUGGGUGGACAGGCGACUCGGGGUCAGGACAGGGGUCCAGCCCUGACGGGUCCUGGAAGUACGAGUGGGGCUGGGCUGCUGGGCCUGGUGGAAAAGGCUCCGGUUUCGGGUACGGUUACGGCGGCAGCGGUGAUGCAGGUAGCGGCGGCGGAGGAGGUGAUGGUGGCGGAUCACGUGGUGGCAGUGGCAGUGGCGGCGGCGGAGGACGUGGAAGAACGUCAGGUCUACGUAAUCACGGAUAUGGUGGCCGUCCAGGUAACUAUGGUGGCAAUGAUGCUGGGGGCUAUAAUGGCCAAGCCGGUGGAGAAGGAGCGUUCGGCGACGGAGAUGGUGCCGCUGGCUGGAACAAGCGUGGCCGAUUCCGCGGCGGAAGGGCACAGAAGAAGCAGGACGAUGGCGGCAAAAACUGAAACUGCCCGUCGUUGUUGCCUCUUGCCAUGCAGACGCGGUUCUUGAGUGCCAUGGCAUACAUAAUAGUGCUAAUAUGGGUAAAGCAGUCUAUGAAAUAAAAGAUGUACUCCUACCAGUAACUUAUAUUGUGUGUAUAUGUCGAUACAUAUUGGUGCUGAAGGUUCUCAAAAUCUCGAUCAAUAUUUUGGCAUUGCUCUAUA